UUUGCACAUUUCUUGCAUCGCGCGCACGAUUUUGGAAUUGGCCUCUUUUUUCAGCCACUUGAAUGAACUUGGCCACUUUUCUGCUGCCAACAUAAACGUAGAGUUUGAUUAUUUAAACCUUAAGAAAGCCCGGGAAAAACUGCAUCAGCCCGAGCAGUGUGCUGCGAUUCUUCUCCUGCCACCGCAAAGCCCGAUUUUGCAAUCGCUGAACAAGCUGGACGAAGCAAAAGCCUUAGUUGGAAGCCCUAAGAUGUCGCAAGGAAAGGUUGAAGGUGGUGUUGGUCCGUGUACACCGAAACAAAGCCGACUGCAUUUUGUAGGAGAGCCAAAGGGCGCUAUGGUCCGCAGUCCCUGGAACGUGAGAGAGAAAGUCAAGGUUUACGCUUUCAUGGGGAUUCGGACGCCAGAUGUCGAUUCUUGGAAAAAGGUGUCGCGCUGCCGAAUCGAUCAACUCUCUAUUGCCCAAAUGGACUCUCUCUUCAACCUGAACAUGUUGAGCCAGUAUGCGAAGGCCUCAAACACGCUAACUAAGGUAAUUGGCAUUCAAGAUCUUUGCAGAGAGCGCAUGGGCGACGAGUUUUUACAAAUCCCAUACUGCACCCAACUUUGUGCUCGAGUGCCAGUGUUUGUGGGGCUCUGCGGACACGCGUCUUGCGAGUCGUGCCAAAUGUUGCCCACCUGCUGCUUCAUUUGUAAGACCGGCCCGCUAACAAAGCGUGUCAAUUAUGAUUUGGAGGUCCAAGUUGCUCAUGAAGAAAAUGACCAAGAAAUCAAAAAAGUUGGCAAUCAUGACUGGCAGGCUGUUAAAGCUAAACUGUACACAAAUACAGACAAAGAGGCGCUUGCAAUAGCCACUGGGAAAGUAGAGGACUUGAACAAGAAUCAGAUUGUGGGGAUCCUUGCCAAAAAUAACAUUCAGGAGCCAGCAGCCUAUGACGAUGAGGAUCUCGCGCGUGCUCUGCUGCGAGGGGUGAUCCGCAUGCGUAUCGGAACCGGAUGCAUGGGCUGCGACAGUGCCAACCGUGUUUACAUUCUGUCAUGCAAGCACCUGUGGUUCUGCCAGGACUGCAUUUUAAAAGCUGGCGGCAAGUGCCCAUAUUGCUCGCGCAAGUCCCCCCACACAAUCCCAAUUAACAAUGAUACAAUUGAUCUUGUUAAGAGAACUUAAAUAUUGCGUUUUAGACAAUUCUUAAUUGUGAGUAAUAAUAAGUCGUAAUCUCUCUCUCUCUCUCUCUACCUCUCUUUUAACUUUUGUUGCUGCAAGAGCAGAGAAAUGUUUUUUAAUGUGUAGUAUUUUAAUAUGUAAUCAAACAUCUGCAAAUUUUUCGCAAAAUCUGUGUCGGCUUGUUGUGCACCUCACAUUAACUUGUUAUUCAAAAAUAUUCAAAACACGUUGGCCAAUUUUGGGGGUUAAUAUUUGUAACUUUGACUGUAUUUUCUAAUAAUGAGUGCCAUAUGCACAUGUUCACAUUCCUUUUGUUCGU